AUGACGUCCGCUCUCAUCCCCAGAUUUGCCCGCUCGGGCAUACGCGUCUCUCGCAGUUGCAGCGUUUCCCUCCCCGUUUCCUCCAAAGCCGGCGCCAUACGAGCAGCGUCCACCACGUCGAAGCAUCCUGCCAACUUCACCCCUCCCACCACCGAAGACCUGUACGAACUGCGCGAACGCGUGCAGGAAUUCACCCGUCGCGAGAUCCCGGAGGAACUGGCGGCGCGGACGGACCGAGAAAAUGACUUCCCUCACUUCAUGUGGAAGAAACUGGGCGAGGCGGGCUUCCUGGGCCCCACGGCGGACGAAGAGUACGGAGGCCUCGGCAUGGGAUAUCAAGCACACAGUGUGAUCAUGGAGGAGAUUUCGCGGGCAUCGGGGUCCAUCGGGCUCAGCUACGCGGCUCACUCGCAGCUGUGCGUGAACCAGCUCUCGCUGAACGGGACCCGGGAGCAGAAGGAACGGGUCCUGCCCGGUCUGAUCAGUGGGGACAAGGUGGGAGCGCUGGCCAUGUCGGAGCACUCGGCGGGUAGCGACGUCGUGAGCAUGAAGACGACGGCGAAAGCGGUCGACGGGGGCUACCGCCUGAACGGGACCAAGAUGUGGAUUACCAACGGGCCCGAGGCCGACUUCAUCGUGGUGUACGCCAAAACGGAGCCGGAGAAAAAGAGCAAAGGCAUCACGGCCUUCAUCGUGGAAAAGACCUUUGAGGGCUUCUCGGUCGCGCGGAAGCUGGACAAGUUGGGCAUGCGCGGCUCCAACACGGGCGAACUCGUCUUCGACAACGUCUUUGUGCCCAAGGAGAACGUCCUGGGCGAAGUCAAUAGGGGCGUCAAGGUGCUGAUGGAGGGGUUGGACCUGGAGAGACUGGUCCUCUCCGCAGGACCGUUGGGGAUCAUGCAGGCCUGCCUGGACUUGGUCCUGCCCUACACGCACCAGAGGAAGCAAUUCGACACCCCGAUCGCGCACAAUCAGCUGGUCCAGGGCAAAUUGGCAGACAUGUACACCAAGCUCCAAGCCGCGAGAGCCUACACCUACAACACGGCGAAGAAGGUCGACGAAGAAGGCGAGAUCCGCACGCAGGACUGUGCCGGCGCAAUUCUCUACGCCGCCGAAAGAGCCAGUGAGUGCGGGCUGGACGCGAUUCAGUUGAUGGGCGGCAACGGCUACGUCAAUGAGAUCCCUGCGGGGAGGUUGUUGCGGGAUGCAAAACUAUAUGAGAUCGGGGCCGGUACCAGCGAGGUCAGGAGGAUGGUCAUCGGUCGGGCAUUCAACAAGGAGUAUGCUGAUCAGAGCAUCUGA